AGAAAAACAAAAACAAAAUUAAGAAACAAGAUGGUGUCUCGAGAGAAAACCGAGUCAGUGCCAUCUAAAUCGAGUAGUAAUAUACAUGUAAUAUUCCGGUUCGCAGAUUGGAUAGAUGUAGUUCUGAUGGUACUUGGUACGGUGGGAGCCAUUGGAGAUGGCAUGUCCACGAAUGUGGCGCUAGUGUUCGCAAGCAAGAUCAUGAAUAGCUUGGGAUAUGGUCAACACGAUCCUCGUUCCACUACUUUCAAGGACGAGGUUCAAAAGUGCAGCUUAUACUUUGUAUACUUGGGCUUGGCAAUCCUGGGAGUGGCAUUUAUGGAGGGGUAUUGUUGGAGCAAAACAAGUGAGAGACAAGUUGAAAAGAUUCGUCGAACAUAUCUUGAAGCUGUUCUCCGACAAGAAGUUUCUUUCUUUGACUCAGAAGAUGCUUCCAUUUCCGGAAUCAUCCACGCCAUUUCUACUGAUACUUCUCUCAUCCAACAACUUCUUAGUGAAAAGGUGCCCAUAUUCUUGAUGCACACAUCAGUUUUCAUCACAGGUCUCGUCUUUGCAGCAUACUUCUCAUGGAGACUAACCAUCGUGGCCCUCCCAACACUUGUUCUUCUUCUAAUCCCAGGACUGAUCUAUGGCAAAUACUUAGUUUACUUAUCUAAGAAAUCCUUUAAGGAAUACGCGAAAGCAAACUCGAUCGUGGAACAAGCUUUAAGUUCUAUCAAGACCAUUUUUUCAUUCACGGCCGAGACUCAAAUCAUCAAAAACUACUCAGAGAUCUUGGAAAGACACAAGAAGCUUGGGCUAAAGCAAGGUGUCGCAAAAGGUUUGGCUGUGGGAAGCUCAGGAAUUUCAUUCACCAUUUGGGCUUUUCUUGCUUGGUACGGAAGCAGAUUGGUUAUGCACAAACAAGAAACCGGUGGACGCAUUUACGCAGCAGGGAUCUCUUUCAUCUUGAGUGGCCUUUCUCUAGGGAUGGCACUUACAGAAAUUAGAUAUUUUUCAGAGGCUUCAGUUGCGGCGGCUCGAAUAUAUUCAAGGAUCGAUAGAAUUCCAGAGAUAGAUGGUGAGGACACGACAAAAGGAUUCAUACCAAAAGAAAAAAUGGAGGGAAGAGUAGAGUUUGAGCAUGUAACCUUCAGAUAUCCUUCUCGUCUUAAAUCCAUAAUUCUCAAGGACUUCACUCUCAGAGUCGAUCCUGGGAAAACCGUAGCUCUGAUGGGAGCUAGUGGGAGUGGUAAAUCAACAGUGAUCGCAUUGCUGCAACGGUUCUAUGAUCCAACAGAAGGGUUUGUGAGGAUCGAUGGGUUUGACAUCAAGACCCUUCAGUUGAAAUGGAUGAGAGGGAAAAUCGGUGUUGUGAGUCAAGAGCAUGCUUUGUUUGGGACGUCCAUAAAGGAAAAUCUAAUGUUUGGGAAAGAUAAUGCAUCAAUGGAUGAAGUCAUUUCAGCUGCAAAGGCUGCUAAUGCUCACAACUUUAUAACACAAUUGCCUGAUGGUUAUGAGACAAAGAUAGGCGAUCGUGGAGGGCUUUUGUCGGGAGGUCAGAAGCAACGUAUUGCAAUUGCGCGUGCGAUUAUUAGAAAUCCGGUGAUAUUACUUCUAGAUGAAGCAACAAGUGCACUAGAUGGAGAAUCUGAAACAUUGAUUCAAAAUGCACUUGAUCAAGUUUCCGCGGGACGAACUACACUGGUGGUGGCGCAUAAGCUUUCAACAGUUAGAGGAGCGAAUCUCAUUGCUGUGUUAGAAAAUGGUUCCAUUAAAGAAAUGGGUUCUCAUAAAGAUUUGAUGACGAAAAACAACCAUUACUCAAAACUUGUAAAACUUCAAAGACAAGUCAGCCAUGAACAUCAGCAAGAUGGGGUCAAAACUCUUGAGAGACGACAAUCUUGGUCAGCCAAGAACAGUUUCAACAGGCUAAGCAUAAGGUCUACUCCUGAUCUCACUGCUUCUCCAAACACAUUCAAGAGAAUUCAUGCAGCAGGAACCGAUGAUAAUUUCCCUUCUACUUCUUUCACUCGGCUUCUUCCGUUGGUUUCCCCUGAGUGGAAAUCUGCUCUCGUUGGUUGCAUAACAGCUGCAGUUUUUGGUGCAAUCCAACCAGUUUACGCCUUAAACAUCGGUGGUAUGAUCUCUGCUUUUUUCGCCAAAAGCUCACGAGAAAUGCAGGACAAGAUACGAAUUUACUCCUUAAUCUUCAUUUCACUCACCUUUAUCUCCAUCACCCUUAAUCUCCUUCAGCAUUACAGCUUUGCCAAAAUGGGUGAAAGACUAAUGCAAAGACUUCGGUUGAGAAUGCUAGAAAAGAUCUUCACCUUUGAGCCCGCAUGGUUUGAUGAGGAAGAGAACUAUAGCGGUGAGCUUUGUUCAAGACUUAGUAAUGAAACAUCUGUUGUGAAGUCAAUAGUAGCCGACAGAAUCUCCUUGCUAGUCCAGACCAUUUCAGGUGUUACAAUCGCUAUGAUCAUCGGUCUACUAGUUGCUUGGAAACUCGCGUUGGUCAUGAUCGCUGUCCAGCCUCUCUCUGUCCUCUGCUUCUACACCAAAAAAGUUUUGCUCUCCAGCAUUGCUCACAACUACGCCUAUGCUCAAAAUCGUAGCUCACAGAUUGCAUCAGAAGCUGUUUACAACCACAAGAUUGUUACAUCCUUAGGGUCCACGAAAAAGACUAUAGAAAUAUUUGACAAGGCUCAAUAUGAGGCGAGAAGAAAGGGUAGGAAGGCAGCAUGGCUCGCAGGGUUUGGGAUGGGAUCGGCGCAGUGCCUUACCUUUAUGACAUGGGCGUUAGACUUUUGGUAUGGAGGAGUGUUGGUUCAAAAGGGAGAAAUCUCGGCCGGUGAUGUAUUCAAGACGUUCUUUGUAUUGGUUAGCACUGGUAAGGUUAUUGCGGAGGCAGGAAGCAUGACCUCUGACCUUGCCAAGGGCUCCGCCGCCAUUUCUUCCGUCUUCAAGAUCCUUGACCAUCCUUCACCUCAAGACGAUACAAACCGGGGAGCAAAGUUUGAGACAAUAACCGGGAGAAUAGAGCUAAAGAAGAUUGAUUUCUCUUAUCCAAACCGGCCCAGUAUUCCGGUGCUCCAACAGUUUUCCUUGGACAUCAAGCCUGGAACUAGCAUUGGCUUAGUCGGGACAUCAGGGUGUGGAAAAUCAACAGUGAUCGCUUUGAUCCAACGCUUUUAUGACGUGAAAAAGGGGUGUGUGAAAAUAGAUGGCGUGGAUUUGAGAGAAAUAAAUAUAAAAUGGUAUAGAAAACAUACUGCACUAGUGAGCCAGGAGCCAGUUGUUUAUUCUGGAAGUAUCCGAGAUAAUAUUAUGCUUGGACGGCCCGAAGCGACCGAGGAUGAAGUUGUUGAGGCUGCAAAAGCCGCCAAUGCUCAUGAUUUCAUCUCGGCAAUGGAGAAAGGAUAUGAAAUGCAGUGUGGAGAAAGAGGAGUGCAACUUUCAGGUGGUCAAAAACAGAGGCUAGCUAUCGCUAGAGCCUUUCUGAGAAACCCUGUGAUACUUCUACUUGACGAGGUUACGAGUUCCUUGGACUCUGACUCAGAGCAGGCUGUUCAGGAGGCUUUAGCUCGGAUCAUGGCUAGCCGGAAGAUGACUACUGUAGUAGUAGCUCACCGCCUUAACACCCUGAAGAAGUUAGACCGCAUCGCGGUGAUUGCAGAUGGAACUAUGGUGGAGACAGGGAGAUACGACCGCCUGAAGAACAAUGGAGACCAGUUCUCAAGACUUGUUCAUGCUCAUGAUCUCAAAUCUUGAAAAAAAAUUCUUCAGAAUAAGAUUAAUUAUGGACUGAAUAAAGUUAUAUUGUGUACUAUUACUUUUUUUUUUCUUCUCAAAAUUUUGUACCAAUACUUGAUAUGAAAUUUAGAUAUCUUAAUAUGUCCAGUAACUUAUACAAAAUAUGUUGUUUGAUACAUCUUAACUUACAGAGUUUAAAGUAAA